GUUGUUCGAUUGAGAGAGCGUUCUACAGCGGGAGAAACAAGGCCGCAUAGGACAGCGGAUGUGUUGUGUACAUGUAGGCUAUUUGUGCAAUAGUAACGCAAUAAUGUGCAACACUUAUUGUGCGACAUUUGUCCAUAUUCCUGCAGAUCGUUGCUCCAUUUUGGACCGGAUAGCACGUUUGUUUUAAUGACAUCGAUCUACCUCAUUAUUUGAUUAGAAAAAUAAUAGUGAGGUCAGCAUAGAAUGACUCAACGCUAGAGAUGCAUGCAGUCAUAUCUCCGUUCGAUUGCACACUGUGGGGCGCGUGGACCGGGGGACAGUUGCUGCACUGGUGGUCACCGCAGAAACAUGGCAAGCACAGGUGUCUCCCAUGAAUGAACGAGGCCAGUGGACAUCCAGACAUCUCUAUCAGCACCGGCAACCUCUCAAUACAGCAGGAAGAGGAGUUCAAGGGGAGAAGGAGAAGAUUGGGUUUUGUCUACGUCCAAUCCAACUCCUUGGUUUUUGGUUGCAUAUGUGGUUUGGUGAUUUCCGUUUAAAUAUGCAACCCCCUCUCCUAGGGUGUGUGCUGUGAACUUUCUAUUCCCUUUAUCUUCAGAUAAGGCCAGUGGAAGAGGGCCACAUUGGGACAUACGUUGAUUGGUGGUCUGUGUGGUUGGGGGACUGUUAUGCACCUAGUACCCCAUAGUCCCCCCACCUCGCCCCGUUAUUCAUGCCAGCCAUGAGUUUACCCAACAGUAAGAGAACAGGCAAGCGCAUCUCUUUUUUUAACGACCAAGGAGUGGCGAUGAAGGAGACGUCUUCUCAGCAGAAUCCAGAAGGUUCUUGCUACGGCCUUGGUGCCCCAGCCUCAGAUCCUGGUCCUGGCCAGAGUAAGGCUGCAGGCACCGUCACCUCCACAACCUCCAACCCAGAGGCUCCACAUACUGGUAUGUACCUCAACUCAGUGAUCUUCAGUCCAGAGAAAGGAGACCAGAGUCGGGGACAUUACCAACAGACUGUACCCAUGAAGUGGGCACACCAGGACCCAGAAGCUCAACCACAGCCUCAACAGAGAACUGGGACUGAGACUGGGAACUGGACACAGGGUGUCACUAUGGCUAACUGGGGUCAGAACUUUGCUCCGUACCUAGGGGGCGUCAACGUCAGUGACUCACGGUCCCAGACCCAGACUGCCUUUUCCAAGCAGCAGAUCCGUGAGGGGCCUCCACCCCUGCAGCCACAGCAGCCACAGUCUCCUAGUAGGGCUGCAGAGAAGCAGCCUCCCCAGCCUCAGCAGGUGGUUAACCCCCUGCCUGCUGGAGGAGAGGCCUACAGAGACGUUAGAGACGUGGCCAAGCCUCCCAGCCUAGAGUGGGAGCAGCAGCAUCAGGCUUCCCAACAGCAACAGCAGUCCCAGACUCAGGCAUUCCCACAGACCCUUAAGCCUGGGGCUCUAAAUGCCCAGCAACACAGCACAUCCAACCCUGGGAGCAGCUCCGUGCUUCAGCCCUUCCAGCUAGCCUUCGGCCAGCCUAAGCAACACCUAACGGCUGGCUACUACCAGGUGUUUCAGGGGGGCAAUAGGACUUUACCUAAUCUGAACUACAAUGCCCAACAGCCCAAACCCCAACCACAUCCACAGACCCAACAGAAUCCACAGCUCCAGCAGAAGCUGCAACAGACCCAACAGCAUCCACAGCUCCAGCAGCAGCUGCAACAGACCCAACAGCAUCCACAGCUCCAGCAGCAGCUGCAACAGACCCAACAGCAUCCACAGCUCCAGCAGCAGCUGCAACAGACCCAACAGCAUCCACAGCUCCAGCAGCAGCUGCAACAGACCCAACAGCAUCCACAGCUCCAACAGCAGCUGCAACAGACCCAACAGCAUCCACAGCUCCAGCAGCAGCUACAACAGACCCAACAGCAUCCACAGCUCCAGCAGCAGCUGCAACAGACCCAACAGCAUCCACAGCUCCAGCAGCAGCUACAACAGACCCAACAGCAUCCACAGCUCCAGCAGCAGCUGCAACGACAACAGCAACAGAAACAAAUAUUACAGCAUCAACAACAAAUGCAACAACAACAUCAAAAGAUGCAACAGCAGCAAAUGCUUCAGCAUCAACAGCAACUACAACAACAGCAACAACAACUACACAUACAACAAGAGCAACAGUUAGAACAUCAACAGCAAAUACAGCAACAAUUACAGCAGCAGCAACAACAAAUACAACAACAACAAUUGCAGCAGCAACAACCCCAACAUGUUCUAGAAUACUACCCCAGCAGCCAGAACCCACCUACCCACCAACACCCUCACUCCCAGCCGCCCGUGUUAGUGCCCUCCCAAGAGCCCUGUGCUCAGGCAGCAUCCUCCCCAGACCUCCAGGAGAUGUCCCCAGACCCUCCAAACAUCCCCCCCCAAACAGACUCCCAGCUCCCCCCCAUGGAGACCCAGCUCCAACCUCCCCAUAUCCAGCUGCAGCCUCGAAGGUCCAGGAGACUCUCCAAGGAAGGUGGACCACCACCAGUUGACAACCCCUUCCUCAUACCAUCUGAUGGGGCCCAGAAUGGGGCCUCUGAGGAGCCAGGUGGAGCACCGAAGGCGGAUGAAGUCCACGUUGCCCAGAUGGCCCCUACAGGGGUCAUCCAGAGCACACGCAGGAAACGGAGGGUCUCCCAGGAGGUUAACCUGGAGACGCUGGCCCAGAAAGCCUCAGAGAUGGAGUCCCUACCGCCACACAUCGUCAAGGCACAGCACCACAGGCCCUGGAGCCCCCAGAGACCAGCGCCAGGGCGAGGGACCAUGGACAAGGAUUCAGGGGGCCACAGUGCCAAGCGGCCCCGUGAUGAGAGCAUGAUGCCCCUGGUCAUCCCUGUGUCAGUCCCCGUACGAAGGCCAGACCCGUCCUCGUCCUCCCCAGACGGGGAGCACUCUACCCCGGGGACAGGCUGGCCACAGAGACCCUUCACCCUCCAGGACGUGACCAGUAUGGAUGGCAAACCCUCCGUCAUUGUCACCCGCAGGCGAUCUCUCAGGAACUCUCUGUCAGACAGCUCAGGACAGAACGGUGGAAUGGAGGGAGGGAACGACAACGACGGCAAGAAGCCCAAACGCCGUCCCCGGCCCGAACCCCUCUUCAUCCCGCCUCCCAAGCCUGGCACCUUCAUCGCCCCUCCUGUCUACUCCUGCAUCACUCCCUACCAGAGCCACCUCCGCUCCCCUGUCCGGCUAAUAGACAACCCCCUGACCAUGCCGCCCUACACCCCCCCGCCCAUCCUCAGCCCGGUGAGAGAGGGAUCAGGUCUCUACUUUUCUACCUUCCUCUCCUCUGCUGCAUCCAGCCAGGGUCUGCCUCCAGCCAGGGUCUGCCUCCAGCCAGGGUCUGCCUCCACCCAGGGUCUGCCUCCACCCAUCACGCCCAAAUCAGCCACACGCAGCCUGCUGCGAUCCAACAGCGUUGACAUAACCCCACCUCUGCUCUCAACGAUCGGUGAGGCCACUCCAGUCAGCAUAGAACCGCGUAUAAACAUCGGUGUGAGGUACCAGGCAGAGGUACCAGAGCUGAGGCAGCGUUCAGCGGCCCAACAAGACCAUCCCAAGGCUGAGCUGGUCUGGGCUCCUCUCCGCGACCUGGAGGCUAAACCUGAAGACCAGGAGAGAGUGGAUGACCUCAUAAACCUGGCGUGCUCAAGCGCUCUGCAUGGCGGAGGGACCAAUCAGGAGCUGGCUCUGCACUGCCUGUACGAGUGCAAGGGUGACAUCAUGGAAGCGUUGGCCCUCCUGCUAUUGAAAAAACCCAUCUUCCCAAAGAACCACCGUCUAGGAUACUACCACUACUCCGGAUCAGACAGCUGGACCCCAGUAGAGAGAAGUUGCUUUAACAAAGGGAUCGCUGCCUAUAAGAAAGACUUCUUCAUGGUCCAGAAACUGGUAAGCACUAAGACGGUGGCUCAGUGUGUGGAGUUCUACUACAGCUAUAAGAGGCAGGUGAAGACGGGUCGGAACGGAGCUCUGAUCUAUGGAGACAUGGACCCACCUGAGAGCAGGAACACUGAGGAGGAGCUGGACCACAAGAGCUCUCAGAGCUGUCAGAGAUUAGAAUCUCAGAAGGAAGAGGAAGACAACAGGAAUUGGGAGGGGUCAGUUGACAGGAAGCACCGGGGCUCCAGUCCAAGCAGGGUGACACAGACGUUACAGGCCACAGAGAACACUGGAGCGGUCCUGGUGCUGAAGACACAGGAGGAUGUGAGGAGAGACCAGAUGUCUUCCCGGGUCAGUCACCCCCCUCAGCCCUCUCCCAGCGCCCCCUCGAAACCACGGCCGCCUCCCAAGACCGGGACCAUAUCAGGGACCAAGGGCCCCGCCGGACCAGAGGGAGAGUUCCCUUGCAAGAAGUGUGGCAGGAUCUUCUACAAGGUGAAGAGCCGCAGUGCCCACAUGAAGAGUCACGCGGAGCAGGAGAAGAAGGCCGCAGCGCUGAGGCAGAAGGAGGCGGAGGAGAGGGCAGCGGCCCAGGCGGCAGCAGAGGCUGCAGCGUUACUGGCCGCCCGGCAGGACGGGGAACGGGAGGGGAACACAGCCGGAGGAGACAGCACAAACGAUGACUCGUCUGAGGAAGAUGAUGAUGAAGAGGAAGAUGAGGACUGGCACUAAGACCAUAGAGAUAGAAAACGAGCCCACCCCACCUGUCUUUGCCAUUAUGGCAAGUUUACGCUCAAUCUAUCUGGCUUAGACAGACAGACAGCCCUCCCCACGGUCAGGGUGAGCGGUAACAAACAGAACAGAACAGAACUCUGAGCCCUCAGAACCCUAGCGCCCUCGAGUGUUCAGCUACGGCUCCUAACACUCAAGGGACAUUUUACGCCCUCUUGUUACGCCCUCUUGUUACGCCCCCCUUUUACCCUUUUACGCCCUCUUGUUACGCCCUCUUGUUACGCCCUCUUUUUUUACGCCCUUUUGUUACGCCCUCUAGUUACGCCCUCUAGUAACGCCCUCUUGUUACGCCCUCUUGUUACGCCCUCUAGUUACGCCCUCUUGUUACGCCCUCUUGUUAAGCCCUCUAGUUACGCCCUCUAGUUACGCCCUCUUGUUACGCCCUCUUGUUACGCCCUCUUGGUAUGCCCUCUAGUUACGCCCUCUAGUUACGCCCUCUUGUUACGCCCUCUUGUUAUGCCCUCUAGUUACGCCCUCUAGUGACGCCCUCUAGUUACGCCCUCUUGUUACGCCCUCUAGUUACGCCCUCUUGUUACGCCCUCUAGUUACGCCCUCUAGUUACGCCCCCUUGUUACGCCCUCUUGUUACGCCCUCUAGUUACGCCCUCUUGUUACGCCCUCUAGUUACGCCCUCUUGUUACGCCCUCUAGUUACGCCCUCUUGUUACGCCCUCUAGUUACGCCCUCUUGUUACGCCCUCUAGUUACGCCCUCUUGUUACGCCCUCUUGUUACGCCCUCUAGUUACGCCCUCUAGUUACGCCCUCUAGUUACGCCCCCUUGUUACGCCCUCUUGUUACGCCCUCUAGUUACGCCCUCUUGUUACGCCCUCUAGUCGCCCUCUAGUUACGCCCUCUAGUUACGCCCUCUAGUUACGCCCUCUUGUUACACCCUCUUGUUAUGCCCUCUAGUUACGCCCUCUAGUUACGCCCUCUUGUUACGCCCUCUUGUUACGCCCUCUUGUUACGCCCUCUAGUUACGCCCUCUAGUUACGCCCUCUAGUUACGCCCCCUUGUUACGCCCUCUUGUUACGCCCUCUAGUUACGCCCUCUUGUUACGCCCUCUAGUUACGCCCUCUUGUUACGCCCUCUUGUUACGCCCUCUAGUUACGCCCUCUUGUUACGCCCUCUAGUUACGCCCUCUAGUUACACCCUCUUGUUAUGCCCUCUAGUUACGCCCUCUUGUUACGCCCUCUAGUUACGCCCUCUUGUUACGCCCUCUUGUUAUGCCCUCUAGUUACGCCCUCUUGUUACGCCCUCUUGUUAUGCCCUCUAGUUACGCCCUCUAGUUACGCCCUCUUGUUACGCCCCCUUGUUACGCCCUCUUGUUAUGCCCUCUAGUUACGCCCUCUUGUUACGCCCCCUUGUUACGCCCUCUAGUUACGCCCUCUUGUUACGCCCUCUAGUUACGCCCUCUUGUUACGCCCUCUUGUUACGCCCUCUUGUUACGCCCUCUAGUUACGCCCUCUAGUUACGCCCCCUUGUUACGCCCUCUUGUUAUGCCCUCUAGUUACGCCCUCUAGUUACGCCCUCUUGUUACGCCCUCUAGUUACGCCCUCUAGUUACACCCUCUUGUUAUGCCCUCUAGUUACGCCCUCUUGUUACGCCCUCUAGUUACGCCCUCUUGUUACGCCCUCUUGUUACGCCCUCUAGUUACGCCCUCUAGUUACGCCCUCUUGUUACGCCCUCUUGUUACGCCGUCUUGUUACGCCCUCUAGUUACGCCCUCUUGUUACGCCCUCUAGUUACGCCCUCUUGUUACGCCCUCUUGUUACGCCCUCUAGUUACGCCCUCUUGUUACGCCCCCUUGUUACGCCCUCUUGUUAUGCCCUCUAGUUACGCCCUCUUGUUACGCCCCCUUGUUACGCCCUCUUGUUAUGCCCUCUUGUUACGCCCUCUAGUUACGCCCUCUUGUUACGCCCUCUAGUUACGCCCUCUUGUUACGCCCUCUUGUUAUGCCUGCUUUAGCAGCGUUUCUCUCUGGGAAAAAACUGUCUUUAUAAACAAACUACUUUUUUUAUUGUUUCAUGGAACAGGAUCUCCUAUCUUGACACUUUCAGGGACAAGUUCUCUCACGUGUUUUCUCCCUCGUCCCUUUAACCUGCUUGUGAAGUGUUCAGGGGUUAACUCUCUCUCAGGCACACAGUAGGGUAGGAAAGAAAGCCAUGCCAUCUCUCUAACACCAAUACUUUUCUUUCUCCUGUCUGCCAUCCACCCCUGGCUUCUUCCUCUUCCUGUCAGCACUUUCAGCCAAUCACAACACAGCACACAGACUCAUCAGGUGGGAACUAUAUAGACACGCCCUCAGCCCAGCCUUUAAAAACUAGAAUAGUUUGUGAUGCCUUGCAAUGCAAGACUACAUGAACCACAAUGCAACCCGGCUUGGCCACUGCUUUCUCUACUCUCUGAUCCUCAGUUUGAUAUGUUAUUAUGAAUAGAAGGACACCAUAUGAGUGAUUGGGACCAUGCAAUAUUGAAGUUGAAAGGACUUCCAGGUCAUGAAAAGCCAAGAUAGACUGAUGUGGUGGUAACACCAAAGAUGGUGUAUAAAUGAAGAUUCCCCACUCAGGCAGUUUACCAUUGAAAAAAAUGGUCAGUUCCAGUCUGCUUAAGGGGGUGGCUCUCCCAUAGGCACCACUGCAUUAGUAGCUGGGUCUGAUCCGCUUCGUUCAGUGACUACAUGAACCAGAAAAAGUGGGAUGUCUCACUUCUUCCGUCUCUCGUAACACUGCCUGUGUGGAGGCUUACCUAUAUGUGAAGGAAGGAACCGUAUAGAGAACAGAACACACAUUGUUGUGCGAGUUUCUGCAUUUUUCCUGUUUGGGACUUUUUCACUCACUCAAGGCUGUCAAAAGCUUGCACAGAUGCGUCGGUCCUCAGUUCACAGAACUGGUUUCAUCUUAGUUUCAAGUGCUGUUCUCAGUUGGAUCCCUACCCUGAUCACUUGUUUUAUAGUCAUCAUGUGGUGUUUCUCCUCACUGUCGAGGCCUUGGAUGUUUUUAACACUUUAUCUUUGGAUGAACGACAAUCAAUUUUACAAAGGUUCUUUUUAUAUCCAACGAAUUACUGUUGCUUUUUUGCUUAUUAUAUCAAAUUGUUAAUGUUGUUUUUUGUUAAUAAUAUUGUUAUUAAUAAUGUCACAGUUGUCUCUUGUAUUAUUGUGAUUUUGGAUUGUUUUUGCGGUAGGUUGCUUUGGAGAUCUCGUUCUCAUUUGACUGUAGUGUAGGGUUAUUUAAGACAUUGCUUUCGCUGUCUGUUUUGAACUGUGAGGUUUUAGAAUUACAUCUAAAGACAGUCUGAGUAGAGAAGAGAUGUGAAACAGAAUUGUAAACGUGCAGUAGAUAGAACAACCACGUGAUCCCUGAUGACAACACCCCCUCUUAUUCCUUGUAUCCAGAUGACACCCACAUUUAAAACGGUUUAGGUAAGGUAAGGGUAGGGGUUAAGGUCAGGGUUAGGGUUUAGGGUAUGGACAUCCCAAGGAUUCUGGGAUAGCACUAACCACAUCAUUACGGCACGAGGAAAGAGUGAGGAAAACAUGAUGAUGAUGUUGACUGUUGAAUGAUGUUGACUUGAAUGAUGUUGACUGUUGAAUGAUGUUGACUUGAAUGGGUAUGUCCAUUCUAUUUCUAUAGUCUAUUCUAUAGAAAAGGAUGUCUCUGUCUAUCUGACUAUCUUAUUGUCGACCUAUCUCGUUCUGCCAAGCUCCAUAUCUCUAUCUCUAUUGCCUCCUCCAAGCCAGACCAGACUCUUAUCUGUCGCCAAGGCAACAAAGGAGCAGGCUGAAGAUUCUUCUCUUUAAGCAGUCAGCCACAGUGGGGAGCAGGGAGGAACAGCUCCAAUUACCGGACCCAGUUAAACCUACCUGGGUACUAUGCACUGUGUGUGUGUGUCAGAGGAGGCUGGCGGGGAGGGCUAUAGGAGGACGGGCUCAUUGUAAUGGAAUACAUGGAACCGUAUCAAACAUUUACAUUUGAGUCAUUUAGCAGACACUUUUAUCCAGAGCGACUUUCAGGAGCUAUUAGGGUUAAGUGCCUUGCUCAAGGACACAUCGACAUAUUUUUUGCCUAGUCAGCUCAGGAAUUCCAACCAACAACCUUUUGGUUACUGGCCCAAUGCUCUUAUCUCCUAGACUACCUGCCACCACCAGAAACAACGUGUUUGACUCCAUUCCACUGAUUCCAUUCCAGACAUUACAAACAGCCCAUACUCCUAUAGCUCCUCCCACCAGCCUCUUCUGGUGUUUGUGAGUGUGUGAUGUGUAUGCAUUCUGGAGUGUUUGUGAGUGUGUGAUGUGUAUGCAUUCUGGAGUGUUUGUGAGUGUGUGAUGUGUAUGCAUUCUGGAGUGUUUGUGAGUGUGUGAUGUAUAUGCAUUCUGGAGUGUUUGUGAGUGUGUGAUGUGUAUGCAUUCUGGAGUGUUUGUGAGUGUGUGACGUGUAUGCAUUCUGGAGUGUUUGUGAGUGUGUGACGUGUAUGCAUUCUGGAGUGUUUGUGAGUGUGUGAUGUGUAUGCAUUCUGGAGUGUUUGUGAGUGUGUGAUGUGUAUGCAUUCUGGAGUGUUUGUGAGUGUGUGAUGUGUAUGCAUUCUGGAGUGUUUGUGAGUGUGUGAUGUAUAUGCAUUCUGGAGUGUUUGUGAGUGUGUGAUGUGUAUGCAUUCUGGAGUGUUUGUGAGUGUGUGAUGUGUAUGCAUUCUGGAGUGUUUGUGAGUGUGUGAUGUGUAUGCAUUCUGGAGUGUUUGUGAGUGUGUGAUGUGUAUGCAUUCUGGAGUGUUUGUGAGUGUGUGAUGUAUAUGCAUUCUGGAGUGUUUGUGAGUGUGUGGAAUGCCGCUUGCAAGUUUUAAUUUCUAGUCGAAUAUCACUCUGAAAUAUAAUUUAGCCAGUUGAGAGAAGAGGUUUUAUCCUGACUGUUCACUUUUGUAACCUCAAUGUAUCUCUCCUUACCCUUUUUUUAAUGAGUAUUUUUCUCCCCACAAGAUUGUCAUGGGGAAGUGUUUGUUUUGACAUGUUAUUUUAAUAGUGUAAAACAGAAUUAAGGAGGAAGUUGAGGGAGGGCAUGCCACGAAUGCCAAGAAGCUGGAAGCCUUAUUCACUUUCAUUCAAUUAGUUAAGGGAAUAAAACACUUUACAUUUUAUUUACAUUAAGAAUAUCUAUGAAUUAAACUCUAUGAAUGCAUACUUUGUAUGCUAUUUUCCUAUGGGGGUUCAUUUCACACUAAGGAUGUAAAAUGGAAUGGAAUCUCAAGUGCUUUUUACUACAAUGUAACUUAUUUGUUUAAAUUAGAUUUUUACUACCUGUGUGUUUUUGUAAUAAAAAAUGGGGAAAGCACUGUUUAUUAAAAUGUUACAAUACUCAUGAAAUAA